CAAAUCAUCUCCCACCUCUUCUAAUUUCUCUAUUACAAUCGUUAAAUUCCCAAACCUUUUAAACACAAUGACCACCAUUCACUUCCAAUUACAUUACAUCCCUUCCAUCCCAUUUUCUAUCCCUCGUUCUCUGUUCAUAGACCGAACUGAGACCGAACAAAUUAGCAAUGGAGAUGGCUGUUGGAAUACACAGUUAUGUCACUCCCACAGUUAACCCUAGUCACAGGAACUCCUCGUUUUCUUCACCGAUACUCAGAACCCAACUCCCUGUUGGUCGUACCUUAUCUUCUUAUUCUUCCUCCAACAUCAAGUCUCCAUCUUUUUCGCAUUCAAGAAGAAACCCACUUCACAGUUUCAUCAAAUGCUCUGUUUCUGAAGCUGAGGCACCUGAAACUGCCACUGAGAAGAAGGUUGCAUUGGUGAGGAGAAACGACAUAAGGAAUAUAGCAAUUGUUGCUCAUGUAGAUCAUGGAAAGACAACUCUAGUGGAUGCUAUGUUGAAACAAGCAAAGGUAUUUCGUGAUAAUCAAGUUGUAGAAGAAAGAAUAAUGGACUCAAAUGAUUUGGAGCGUGAAAGGGGGAUUACAAUCCUCAGCAAAAACACAUCAAUUACUUAUAAAGAUACAAAAAUGAAUAUUAUCGACACUCCUGGUCAUUCUGACUUUGGAGGUGAAGUAGAACGUGUCCUCAAUAUGGUGGAAGGAAUUAUUUUAGUGGUAGAUUCUGUUGAAGGCCCAAUGCCACAAACAAGAUUUGUUUUGAAGAAAGCUCUUGAAUUUGGUCAUGCUGUUGUUGUUGUUGUCAAUAAAAUCGAUAGACCAUCUGCACGUCCGGAAUUUGUCAUCAACUCCACUUUUGAACUUUUCAUUGAACUAAAUGCAUCCGAUGAACAAUGUGAUUUUCAAGCUGUAUAUGCGAGUGGCAUAAAGGGAAUGGCUGGACUUUCUCCUGAUAAUUUGGCAGAUGAUCUUGGACCACUUUUUGAGACCAUAAUUAGAUGCAUACCAGGCCCAAAAAUCAAGAAAGAUGGAUCACUUCAAAUGCUUGUCACAAGCACAGAAUAUGAUGAGCACAAGGGGAGGAUAGCUAUUGGACGCUUACAUGCAGGGGUUCUCACUAGAGGCAUGGAUGUUCGGAUAUGCACAACCGAAGAUUCAUGCAGAUUUGGAAAAGUUAGUGAACUUUUUGUAUUUGAGAAGUUUUACAGGGCACCUGCAGAACGUGUUGAGGCUGGGGACAUUUGUGCUGUUUGUGGUGUUGGUGAUGUUCAGAUUGGGGAGACGAUUGCUGAUAAAAACGAUGGGAAGCCAUUGCCUGCUAUUAGGGUUGAAGAACCAACCGUAAAAAUGGCUUUCUCUAUCAAUACUUCACCCUUUGUGGGUCGCGAGGGGAAGUAUGUUACAAGUAGAAAUUUAAGAGACAGACUUUAUCGUGAGCUUGAGAGGAAUUUGGCCAUGAAAGUUGAAGAUGGUGAAACUGCAGAUACUUUUCUUGUUAGUGGACGUGGUACUUUACAUCUCACUAUACUCAUAGAGAACAUGCGAAGGGAAAACUUCGAGUUCAUGGUGGGCCCUCCGAAAGUAAUUAACAAAAAAGUGGACGAUAAGGUGCUCGAACCUUACGAGAUUGCGACUGUAGAGGUGCCUGAAGUACACAUGGGUUCGGUUGUUGAACUUCUUGGAAAAAGGAAAGGGCAAAUGGUUGAUAUGCAAGGCCUUGGGUCUGAAGGAACGACACUACUGAAAUACAAAAUUCCGACCCGUGGGCUUCUUGGAUUGAGAAAUGCAAUUUUAACGGCUUCCCGUGGGACCGCGAUUCUGAACACAAUAUUUGACAGUUACGGCCCGUGGGCCGGUGAUAUGUCGACCCGUGAUCUUGGAUCCCUGGUUGCAUUUGAGGAUGGAACCACAACCUCUUAUGCUCUUGCUAGUUCUCAAGAACGAGGGCAAUUGUUUGUGAAACCCGGAGCAGAAGUUUACAAAGGCCAAAUUGUUGGCAUUCAUCAACGACCUGGUGACUUAUCCCUCAAUGUAUGCAAAAAGAAAGCUGCUACUAAUGUUCGUUCCAAUAAAGAAGUGUCAGUUGUUCUUGACACGCCGAUGGAUUAUAGUCUUGAUGACUGCAUCGAGUACAUUCAAGAAGAUGAGUUGGUUGAAGUGACGCCAAAAAGUGUCCGAAUGUCAAAAAAUCCAAAGAUCAACAGAAAGGGGCGUUGAUCAAGAUCCAAAAGUGGCACUUUUGUGUGAUCUACUUUCAUCGUGAGGAUUUUUGUGCUAAGUUUCCUCAUAGUAUAUAGAAGAUUUUUAGUUCGUUAGACAUCAAAACGAGUAGUUAUGCAGACAACGUUGUGCUUGUUGUUCUGAUGGAGCUGUAUAUGACUAUCGUGAAAAAACCUCAGAAAUAUAAUGUGUAGUGGUAAAAAAAUCGAUGGCAAGAGCUGAA